AUGUUGGAGACGAAGACACUCAAAGUUGGUAUUGAUCCACGUCUUCUCAUUCGUAAACGUCCUAUUCAUGACGUCAAUUUUUCGAAAGAGUACAUGUUCAUUACCAUACUCGUGUUGACGAAGACACCCACUCCACCAACUAAUCUACUGUCGCACGUUCCUAAGAACAGUCUUUCUCCGCUACAAAGCCAGCAGGCGGUAAUUGUCGGAAUUGAUGCGAAUGCAAAGAUAGGACCUGAACAACAAUCCGAUGUCCUUGGAAAAUGGUUCUAUCCCAUGGAGCAGACAUCGGACAACGGAAAUCGUUUGAUACACCUUUGCGAGCAGACGAAUCUCAUCAUUGCAUCCACGUUUAAAGGGAAUCAUCGACGCCAUCAGCUUACGUUGCAAGAGACAACCAUAUUAACGCCAGAAGAACAGCGAAAGCGGAAGAUGCCGACUCUUAAGCUUCAGCUCGAUUACGAUCUGACGAAGAACAUACCGUUGUCAAAUAUCCGAAAAUCUAGAGUCGUCUGA